AUGAGGGUCCGAUUUGCACGAGCUGCGAAGUUGUUUGUCAUGCGAUUAUCCCAGCUCAAUGGGAAAUUCCUCUUGACCAUUCCCCUCUACAUUGGAGUCGAAGUGGUGCUUGGAACUGCAAUUUUCAAUAAGGCAUCGGGAGCGUUCGGAAUACUUUCCAUCAUUACCGGCCACCCUAUCAACUUUUGGCAAUGGUUAUACAAUAUGUUUGCCUUGGUGGUGCUCCCAUUCUAUAUUCUGGGGCUUUUGAACUUGAAUAGCCGGGAAAAGGGCACUCGGAAGACGUCUCUUGUUUGCAUUUUAUACGUUGUUGACACCAUAGUGGGUUAUUUGUACACAUUAUACUUCAACUACUUUUGGUUCAGCCACGAGGACAACAGUCCUACCUCAGACCCGUACGCUGGAGCCACAAAACCAGACGUGGAUCCCACCAUGGCUGCACAAUCUGCCUCGGCAGAAAGGGAACUAUUUUUGACCAUGGCUAUCACUUUAAUGGUUGCAAUAUUCCGCUUGUACACCACGUUGGUGGUGGUAUCGUUUACAAGGGCCCUUCUCAAACUGGAGGCCGCAGCUCAACGCUAUUCAAAUGAACCGGAGGUGGUGCCAAUUAUGGAACCUGGAUGGCGCGGCCGCAUUACCCAUUUUGUUUACGAUUUGGAGAUAAGAUCCAGAGAAUGGCUUCGUUCUGCAUUCGUAUAA